AUGGGCAACGCGGCUCCGUCGGUUUCGCGGGUGCUGGAGCUGCGCUUGGCGAGACCCACAUGGCACCAGGGCGACCUGAGCCGUCACCUGGAGCUUCGCCCUUGGCCUGCACCGCUCUUCUCGGCGCCCGCGCCGCCACUGCGACCGCGUUGGGAGGAAACCUUCCGGAUGGAGGUGGAGAUGGGCCUGGAGGUGCGAGUGAUGCAAGGGGAGCAGGAACUGGCCAGAGGAGUCCUGGAGGCGAUCCCACCUGUUCCGCAGCUGGUCUUUCGCGUGGUGCCGCUGCCCUUGGCGCCCAGCAGCUUUGGCACGUUAGAAGUGAAGCUUCGAGAGGCCCCAUCGGAACAGGGAGAAGAAGGACGCUUCCAGUUCCAGAUGCCCUUGGCCAGACGCCAGGUCAUCUCUCUGGAGCUUCAAAACGCCGAGCUCCUCAAACGUCUCAAGGGCCGAGCGUCCCGGGACGGGCGACGCACCGAGCUCACCGAGCGCGAAAGAGCGCCGAUGAGGCAUCAACAGCUCUUGGCAGAGGCAUAUGCCCAAACGGCUGAGCUUUUGCAGAAGAAGCAGCACCUGCGGCGCAGGCUCGCUGCGAUGAAGCUCCUGUGCCACUCUGAACUGCCUCGCCUGCGCGGGCAGCUACAGCAAGCGCUGGCCAGGCAGCAACAGCUGAAAGCCGAUGCAGAAGCGAAGAUCGCUUCCUUACAGGAAAGGCUGCGGCAUGCCCAAGAGAAAGGCCUCUCAGAGGUGGAGGUCCAAGGGCUGGUGGCCUUGGCGCUGGGCCGCCGCGAGGAGCUCCAGCGGAAGCUCCGGGAGGAGGCGGAGGCGCAAGCGUCCCAGGAGUCCCCAGAGGUCGCGCACUUGCAGGAGCUGUCGCUCCAGCAGCAAGAGGACGAGGGGUUUUGUGUGGCCGAUGCGCGGCGCUGGGGUGAGCGGGGCCACCCAGAACACCCAGAGGCCACCCCCGACAUCCCCAACUUCGUGCGUAAAGCCGCGGGCGGACGCAUGCCGCUCCCCCCGGAGCAGCCAGGCUCCAUGCGGUCGGACAUGGAGGAGGAGGAGUCGCCGCACACCUUCUCUGAGAAGGUGUGUGUUUUGAUCAAGCCUCUAGGUCGGGAUCACUACACGUCGCCGUUGAGCAUCCGAUUAUGGGCGGACAACCCUGCCCACCCGCGGAGCUUGUUGUUGGAGCUCACGGACGAAAAGGACCUCCUCUUCUAUCAUAGCUUGGCCUUAGGUGAGAGCGACUUCCAUGCCCUGCGCUCGGAGCAGCGUUUGCUGGUGGACUUCCAAUCCUUCCCCGAGCAGCUGGCCGACCUCCUGCGCCGCUGCAGCGAGGCCGAGUGGGAAUCCUCGGCCGCCUCGGCCGGUGGGCGGGCCAAGCAGGAGCCUGGCAGUUCCAAGAUGUUGGCCUCCUUGGAGUGCACCGCCAGUGGUGAGAGCCGCUUGAACAUCGUGGAGUCCACCAACUUCCGCGAGCUCAUCCAUAUCGACCUGCGCUUGCGACAGGGCUCAGAUGAGGUGGUGAAGAAACACUUGGCCAAGAAGCUGCGGAUCUGUCGCGCGGAGCUCUUGGAGAAGGAGCGGCGCCUAGGUCACCAGAGCGAGGCCUUGGAGAGCAGCAAGAAGCAGGCGGGGAGCAUGCGUGGAUGUUGCGUGGAUGGAUCGAAGGAGAAUCGGCCAGGGGGUGGUCUUAAAGACGUGGCGUAA